UGAGCAGGGGCGGGGCAGAAAGGAUCCGCGCGCUAGUAAACAGAAGAGCACAGCGUGCAACAAACAUCGCUCUGCUUUUUAAGUGGGUCAAAUGAGGUCACGCUGAUUCUUACCGAGUGUCCGUCCAGACCGGAGGGUGGCGUGCGUGUCUGUGAACGUGCCUUUGGAGCGAGGGAGUUGUGUCGAGUAAAUAGUGACUUUAUGGGUCAGAGACACAAACUGUACGUGUUGAAGACAGUCGCUGGAGGACAAACUGCAGGUUUUGUGUAUUCAAACAUGAAACUCUGCUAAGAUUUGCUUGAGUCGUCUUUGGAGAAACUACCCCACGCAGCAGUUGCCACGGCGACAUCAUGGCGAGUGACAUGAUGCUACUGAUGCGAGGCUUGGCUAAACUCAGCCAGGCCGUAGUUGAGACGCAGAGCAGCGUCCUACGCAGCGGGACAGGUCUUUCAGGUGUCGGCACUGCAGUCCAAAGCUUCCAAUCAGCGGCCGAGCAAGGCCUCUCUAUGGCAAUGAUGAAAGCACAGGAGAUGUCAGGGCAGCAGCAAACCUCGUCGCUGGAGUUUGACUUUCCCCAGGAUGACCUUGCAGCGUCCAAGUUCAACGAGGAAGAAUUCAUGGCAGAUGAGCAAGGCAGCGCUAAUGAGGCGGCGUCUAAUCAGAGCGCCGCAGGCGGGUUAUUCCAGGGCUUCAAGGAUCCUUCAAAAGAGUUUGGCGGCGGCCAGACGAGAUCGUACCACCAUGACGCUCGGUACGACACAGCCAACUCAGCUCAAACUCGUAUUUUGGUGUUUUUAUGUUCCUUUUUGUGCCGCAGACAAAUUGUAGGAAACCAUGCUUGGCUUCGAGUCUGCAGCCGACAGUCAGCGGGGCAACAGCGAGGCUACCAUCAGGAUCCGUCUUCCGUCGGCGGGCUGACGGCCGAAGACCUGGAAAAAGCCAGGGAGAGCAAGAGGGCUGACGUGAAACCGCACAAGCAGAUGCUGAGUGAGAGAGCCCGAGAGAGGAAGGUGCCUGUGACACGACUUAGCAGACUCGCCAACUUUGGAGGUUUGGCUGUCGGUUUGGGCAUUGGAGCCUUGGCAGAGGUCGCUAAGAAGACCAUGAGACAUAAUGCUGCAGCAGGAGAGAAUAAAAAGUCAAUCCUGGAGUCCAGUCCCUUUCUGUCUGAGGCAAAUGCUGAACGCAUUGUGAGGACAUUGUGCAAAGUCCGAGGAGCUGCCUUGAAACUUGGACAGAUGCUCAGCAUUCAAGAUGAUGCGUUCAUCAACCCGCAGCUGGCAAAGAUAUUUGAUCGAGUGCGGCAGAGCGCCGACUUCAUGCCCAUCAAACAAAUGAUGAAAGCGUUGAACAGUGACUUGGGUCCAAACUGGCGAGACAAGCUGGAGUUCUUCGAGGAGCGUCCAUUCGCCGCCGCGUCCAUCGGUCAGGUGCACCUGGCCCGGUUGAAGGAUGGCCGGGAGGUGGCCAUGAAAAUCCAGGUGGAGCUUUGACGCUUUUUGUGUGCGCGCGUGUUGGGGUUCGUGUGUGUGUGUAAGUUUACACAAUACACACACGUCGGGGAAAAACCUCUAUUUUUGUGUGCUUUGUUUACACAACAAAAAUGACCCGUAGCUUCCCUUGACAAACUUCAUGAUCUUCAUCGUAUGUUUUUUUUUCAUUCCCACAUUUUUUAACACGUUUCCUCAAUUUUAAAACGAGUCUCGUCAUUAAGUAUCAACUCAACCGCAGAGAGUAACAGGUGUAAGAGAUAAGACACACACUUAUUUUCAUAUUUGUAC